AUGGCGACUGACAACACAGAACAGAUUGUUUCACAGCCGAAUGACCUCGAGCCCCAGGACACACAACAGUCCGAAACUCCACAAUUGGCUCAAACAUUAGUUGAUUUAAAUCAAACUAUGAGCCACAUGGCAAUGAUGCUGGGCGACUUAUGGCAAAAGUCUCAGGACACAAAUGUAGUGUCACUUCAACAACCAGACGUUGAAGAAUCCCAGCACAGACGACGAGGCAAAAAGCGGCGCUCAAAAACGUCGUCCUCAUCUUCAGAAGCUAGCUCGGGUUCUGGAAAUGAGAGUCGGGGUCGUAAACGCCGAAAGCGAAGGUCACACAGCAAAACUCGGCUUGAAAAUAGGGGCGAAACGACCGAUCAUGAGCAGGAUAAAGUGAGCGUACAUGUGCAAGACGAUGAUGAUAAUGUAUCGGUUUUACUUCAAGAUGGCGCCACAAAUGACAAUACAAAUUCAACCGAUGAAACCCUUACGAAUUUAGGGGAAAUGCUUGAAGAUGUUGAAGCUACCGGCGAUGAUAUUACCCCUAAGCUACUAUAG